AUGCAAGAUAAAUCGCAUAAUGGUCAAUUGUGGAUUUGCUGUGAAUAUUAUGCAGAUCAAAAUAAUGAAGAAGUUGGAAUUAAUGUUGGUGACCUGUUCAGAAGCAAAAUCAUGAUUCAAGGAAUCAAUCAGAAAGGUCAGCGAGUCAUUGGCAUGAUUCGCUUGAAGCUGCAAAUAGGAGAGUUAAUCUCCUCAGCUCUCUUCCAUGUCAUUGAUGUCAAAACAUCAUACGAGUUACCCUUUCAAUGUGUUUGGCUACAUGAAACUGGAGUAGUACCUUUGACUUGGCAUCAAUGUUUCAAAUAUGGCCAAGAUGGAGAAGUUAAAUGUGUGGUAGCUGAGAUUAAACCAUUCCUUGAAGAAGAAUCCCAUUUUGCUGAUGCUAAAUUUUACAUGGAAUAUGAAGGGUGCAAUUUUGUAGGGUUACCAUGUCUGGAUUCAAAAUCAAAGAAGAUGCAAAUGAUCAUGAUAUGUCUAGUGCUACUCAAUCUCAUCAACUUAUCAAAGGCAAGUCAAAAUUUACAUCCGAAGGAUUCUCUAAAGGUAAAAAAACCACAAAUAGAAUCAACCGAUAUUGAGGUAUUGAGAAAAGAGUUAACUCUUCCAAUACCUAGUAUUCCAAAAUUCUCGUCCAAACAAGAAGGAGCUCCUGAAUCAAAACUGACUUUCAAAGGAUGUUACAAUCCUCAAGUUAAGAAGUUGUUUGAAAAUGUCGAGUUUGGAAAAGGAGAGCCUCGAAGAUUAGGUGAUCUUGAUGUCGUCCUUCAUGAAGACGUGUAUGGUUUAGGAUAUAAUCCUAAUCCACCGAGGAAGAUUAAGGUCAAGAAGGUUUCCUCAAACCCCAUCAUGGUUCAAAUUUAUGAAGUUGCAGAAGAGAAAUCAGAACAACCGAGACCUUCAUCGUUUGAUCGAAUUGAAAAUGAGAAUGUCAGAGUUUCGGUGUUUAAAAGGAAUGUACAAGCUCCCCAAAUGUCAUCCCAAAGACAAUCUGCAUUUUCUCGACUUGGAAUUAAAACUUCUGAUCCAAGUAAUGAAGAUGAGGAAGAAGUUUCUGUCAAUCACAUAGCCUUUGAAGAAACUCUCGAUUCGGACUCUGAGUCUGAAAGUGAUGAACCUGAACCAGCCCCACCUACAUUUGAAGAAGGUGGAAAAGCUACUACCGAAGAAGACCCAAGACCAGUAUUUGUAAGCGCCCUCCUCAGUCAAAAUGAAGAAUUCGAGUAUCCUAGUUUGCUUCAGGAAUACAAAGACGUGUUUGCGUGGCCUUACAAGAAAAUGUCAGGGUUAGAUCCUAAGGUUGCAGUGCAUCAUCUUGCAGUAAGACAUGGAGUUCAACCGGUCAAGCAACCUCAAAGAAAAUUUCGGCCAGAACGGAUUUCUCAAAUUGAAGUGGAAAACGGGCAAUUUAGAAUUUGCGUUGACUUUCGAGACCUGAAUCAAGCAUGUCCAAAAGAUGAUUAUCCACUUUUGAUAACAAAGUUGAUGGUGGAUGCAACUAUCGGAUAUGAAGUCUUAUCUUUCAUGGACGGAUUUUUUGGAUACAACUAG